CUUUAAUUCAUUCUUCUCAAACUUUUCCAUAACACAAACUAAAUCAACAUAAAGAAACAACCUCUUUCUUUCUCUCUUCUUUCCCUCACAUUUCCUUCACAAACCCAAAUUUAUAUCCCCCACUUCUUCCCAUUCCAUUUCCCAAAUACUUUGAAUUGUUUUCAACUUUUUUGGAGCUAACUAUCCCAAUGUCUCACACUCUAGAAAUCACAAUUUUAAAUGCUGAAAACCUCCAUGUGAAUAAUGAAAACUCCAUAAAGAAAAAUGCAUUUGUUUCUCUUUGGUCUGAUUCAAGUUCAACCAAUGAAAACUGUUACUCCGCCAAAGAAAACUCAGAAGAAUGUGAUGGUGGAAACUGUGUUUCAUGGAAUGAGAAGCUCGUAAUAGAAGUGCCAUUGAAAUCAAGGUUUAUAAUAGCUGAUGUCAAAUACAAAACAUCAUGGGGGAAUAUUAAGAGUGUUGGAAUAGCAAGAAUACCUGUUUCUGAUUUGUACGUGCAUGAUCAUCAAGUUCAGUUUUUGAGUUAUAGGUUAUGGGACAGUAAUGUUAGGAGAAAUGGUGUUAUCAAUAUUUCAGUGAGGGUAAAAACAAUGGAAUAUUCUUUUCCGGUGACCGGAAUUCCGGUGGAUUGCAAUGGUUCCACUGAGAUUGUAACUGGGUUUCCAGUUUGGUUGAGCAAUCAUCAAAGAAAUUGUUAAUGUGUUGUUUUAUUUUUUUUGUUAUUAGACAGAUGUUGAUUGAUGUUUUGUUUGUUAUAAGACAUCAGUAUUUAAACACAAAAUGCAAUCUAUAAACCCUACCUUUGAAUAAUAGAAAUACUAGUCAAACUUUUUUAG